AGUGUCUCCGCCCCUAGCUCAGCCAUCUCCAUGGUGACCGCUACCGGUUACCCCUUUGGCCGCGCAGGCCGGAAUUGCGUCAUUGCCUAUGCGCCGGAAGCGCUGGUUUUAGCCCGGCGUGACGUGAUGAUGCCUAGCCCUGGCCGGCUCCGGCGAAGUUAGACCCUCGAAGCUGCGUUAGGACUGCCGGAGCGUCACCCCUUGCCGAUCCCCGCUGACCAUGGCAGUAUUUCACGACGAGGUGGAAAUCGAGGACUUCCAAUAUGACGAGGACUCGGAGACGUAUUUCUAUCCCUGCCCAUGUGGAGAUAACUUCUCUAUCACCAGGGAAGAUUUGGAGAAUGGGGAAGACGUGGCAACGUGUCCUAGCUGCUCUCUCAUUAUAAAAGUGAUUUAUGACAAAGAUCAGUUUGUGUGUGGAGAAACAGUCCCAGCCCCUUCAGCCAACAAAGAAUUAGUUAAAUGCUGAAGAAGCCUUCAGGAAUCCAAAUCCUGAACAAUUGGAAAUGAGCCUAGAUAGAAAUAUUGAAUGCAAAGCUACUGGCUUCAUGGAGACCACCAUUUGUGAUUUGCUAUUCUGUAAGUGUGUGGAUUCUUUCCAUCGACUGCUGAUUUCAUCUUCAGGAAGCAAGUCUAUAACAUGACAUAUCUGGAUUUUGUGCUUAGAACCUUAAAUUGGAAGCAUUCUUAAUUAUCCAUCUAAAUUUAAAAGAAGAUAAUUUCAAAACAGUGCUUUCUUUCCCUCGGUUUCAUCAUUUUCAUAUCUUAAACCAAAUUACUUCAAUAACUGAUAACAGCGUCAUCUACCUCAGUCAUUAGGAUUCCUUAAUAAAAAAGAUUGUAUUUUUGAGUUGGUUAUUAACAUGAUUAAAAUUAGCCCUUCCUUUGAAAUUUGACAUCAGUUCUGCUGUUCUAUAUUUAAAAUUAAUUGCUUCAUUAGUACCACACUUUCAGUUUCUAUACCAAACCAGUCUCCUCAGUUUUCUCAUUAGAAUGGGCAUGUUCUGUUCAGCAUGUCAUUUCUGUGAUGCUUCAUGCACACAGUUAGGUUGUAGUAUUAAAGAGAAGAUACAAUGGGGUCAUGAUUUUUCCAGAGCCAGAAGUUGGUGAACAAGAAAGAAAGUCCACAGGGAAGAGAUGAAAGAAUAGGGAGUUUUCUUAUAUUCUGCAUAUUCCAUGGAAGUCAGGACAAGAUGAAAAACAUCCAAAAGAAGUAAAAUUGAUGACAGAAUGAGAGGAGCAAAUCAUACCAGAGUAGUAAAUGAAAUGUUUGAAUGACUGCCCAAUCAGAGCAAGUGAUAUUUCUUCAUAUGGGUUUUUGUUUGUUUUUUGAUAAGGCUAAUGAAAUGGCAUUCCAGAUCCGGGUUAAUGUCAAGUCUUCAUGGCGGUAGCUGUGCCUUUGGCAUAUUGCAGUGUCCUUUCACUACUACAAGGGAAAGCAUCUACAGCAGAGAAUGCGUUUGAAAGUGAGGGGCCUAUUGUGAAUAAAUAUGCCCAUGAGAGCACAUUGAAUAAGCCUCUGUAACACGCAGCCAAACGAGACACUCAUUCCUGCAGAGAAAUGUUGCCCGGGAGAAAAAGAAAUAUAGAAAGAUAGGCUCUCAAUCUUCCUUUGCUGCAGUACUAAGAAUAGCAAGAGAUUUGAAUCAUUCACAUUGGAAAUCUGAAGAUUCCCUGUAUAUACACAACUUUACUGUGCAUAAAUUUUAAAAAUGUAAUGCACUGAUGUCUGUCAGGUUUUAGGAAUGGCUCCUGCAAUAGAAAAACAACUUGCCAGAAUAUGAAUGUUCUGUUGCUAAUUGGUAAAUGUACUACGCACAUUCACUGGAGGUUUAAAUUAAAACGAGUAGCCUCUUUUACCUGCCAGCAGCCUGACUAUGUGCCGCCACUAGGCUGAGACAAUAAAUUACCAAAAAUUGUAUGCUGAAGGUGCUUGGUAUAUUAUGUGGCAUAUUCUGGAUAUGAUGAGAAAUCUCAUUGCUGUUUGGGACACUGACAUCCCAGAAGUCAUCCAAAAGCAAAGUGACUGCUCAGAUGAACAGAGCAGGGUACUCUCUAUGGUGGGAUCAGCUGCAAGGAGAAAUGAACUGUCCCACGCUCAUGCUGAUGGUUUUCUACAUAUCGCUGACAUGUUAGCUGUUUCUGAUCCUGAUGAACUUCAAACACAAACAGACACCCCUGAUGUAGGUUUGCAAAGAACAGGAAUAGUCGGCAGGUUCAGACAUCCCAGGAAAAAAAGCAGCAUAAAUAGCAUUAGCAAUCAGUGACUGGUGAUAAUACUGCAAUAAUGGGAAUGAUUUUAUUUCUAAAUAAAAUCAUUUAUUGCUUUAUUUCUAAAGCAAUUGAGUCACUAAGUUUAUGAGCUAUGAAAGAACACGUCAAGAUUGAAUCCUGUGUUAAGCAGAAAGUAAAAUGAGAGCCAAGCGCAGUGGCUUCUGCCUGUUAUCCCAGCUACUCAGGAAGCUGAGGCAAGAGGAUCAGGUGAGACCAGGAAUUUAAGACUAGCCUUGGCAACAUAGACCUGGUCUCUUAAAAAUUCUCUUAAUUAGCAGGGUGUAGGGGCCAUGAGCAAAUUGCUUGAGCCCAGGAUUGUGAGGCUGUGGUGAGCUGUGAUCACACCACUGUAUUCCAGCCCGUGUGACGGGGCAAGACCUCAUCUCUAAAAAAUUAAGAGAAAGGAAAGUAAAACUGGACUCUGAGAUAGGACUAAAGUUCUGUGUGAUACAUGUGCCUUAUUUAGGCCAAGACAUUUCUGGAGCACCUAUAAAAACUGAUUUGUAAUUCAGGCUGUGUCUCUUUUUAACUUUGUAAUCUUUGGCAAGGCCUUUGGAUUCUUCAGCGGUACAAUUAAGAGAUUCAAUCAGGUGAUUUCAUUUCUCAGCUGUCAGUUAUCUAAUUUCAGGCUUGGUAGCUUCUAGGAACUGAAAUGGCAAUUAAAACUUUUGUAAACUUAAACUAAAUCAUGAAUUACAAAGAAAGUCCAUUUUUCCAUAACUUGUUGUUACCACACUUCUGAGUUUAAUAAUUAUGAAGUCGACUGUUUAAAGGAUUCUGCAUAUAUUCUAGUGUGCACAUUCAGAAACAUUUUUCUUGGAAAAAGCACCCAACUUUUAUGACUACACAUAUUUAUUGCCAGAAUAAAUUGCAUU